CAAGUGAGGCGAAGCAGCUAGAGACGGACAUCCAAAGACGGUCAUGUCGGAGAAUGGGAGUGUAGAGUCGGCAGAUCCUAAGAAUGGAGGCCUCAGUACCAUAGGGGGUCCCCGAGUGGGCAGUCGCGGUGUUGGAAAUAAGGUGACGGUGGUGCUCGGGGCUCAAUGGGGCGAUGAAGGUAAAGGCAAAGUCGUGGAUUUGCUGGCCCAGGACGCCGACAUGGUCUGCAGAUGUCAGGGGGGCAACAACGCUGGACACACGGUGGUGGUGGAUGCGGUGGAGUACGACUUCCACCUCCUGCCCAGUGGCAUCAUCAACCCCAACGUCAUCGCCUUUAUCGGCAAUGGGGUGGUGAUUCACCUCCCGGGUCUCUUCGAAGAGGCUGAGAAAAACAUGUCCAGGGGAAAAGGUCUGGAGGGCUGGGAGAAGAGGCUGAUUAUUUCAGACCGAGCUCAUAUUGUGUUUGAUUUCCACCAAGCGGUCGAUGGCGUCCAGGAGCAGCAGAGGCAGCAGCAAGUGGGGAAGAACUUGGGAACGACAAAGAAGGGCAUUGGCCCAGUGUAUUCAGCCAAAGCGGCUCGCAGUGGACUACGGAUAUGCGACCUCCUGGCUGAUUUCCAAGAGUUCUCUGAAAGAUUUAAAGUGUUAGCCCUGCAGUACAAGGCAAUGUACCCAACACUUGAACUUGACAUCGAUGGAGAGCUGGAGAUGCUGAAGGCUUACGUGGAGAGGAUUAAGCCCAUGGUGCGGGAUGGUGUCUACUUCAUGCACAAGGCUCUGCAUGGGCCAGCCAAGAAGAUCCUGGUGGAGGGCGCCAAUGCCGCCCUCCUGGACAUUGACUUCGGGACAUACCCUUUCGUGACCUCGUCAAACUGCACGGUGGGCGGGGUGUGCACAGGGCUGGGCAUGCCACCGCAGAAUGUGGGUGAGGUGUACGGCGUGGUCAAGGCCUACACCACCAGGGUUGGCAUUGGCGCCUUCCCCACUGAGCAGGACAAUGAAAUUGGAGAGCUCCUCCAGACCAGGGGGAAAGAAGUUGGUGUGACCACAGGCCGCAAGAGGAGGUGUGGGUGGCUGGACCUGGUCCUGGUUAAAUACGCCCACAUGAUCAAUGGGUUCACUGCCUUAGCCCUUACCAAACUGGACAUACUGGAUGUAUUUCCAGAGAUUAAAGUUGGUGUGGCCUACAAGGUUGACAACGAAUUGAUACCUCAUGUCCCAGCGAACCAAGAAGUCUUACAGAAGGUGGAGGUGCAGUAUGAGAUGCUGCCCGGCUGGAACACCGAUACCUCUGCUGCCAGGACCUUUGAAGAGCUGCCAGAAAAUGCCCAGAAAUAUGUCCACUACAUCGAGGAGCACCUGCAAGUGCCUGUGAAGUGGAUCGGUGUGGGUAAGUCCAGGGAAUCUAUGAUCCAACUCUUCUGAGGGUCAUAUGUUCCAGGAUGAAGGUGUACCCCGAGCCACAGUCAGGCUCCCUGUCCCUACCAGAGGUCAAGGGUCAGAUGUCGCUGAGGGGCCAUGCUACAUGCUGCAUUUCUCAGUGUGGACCUUCCUACUCCUUUGGGCAGCGCAUCCAUGGUGCACCAACUGGGGUUGUGGCCCUAGAGCAACCAUGUCCACACAACUGUGUGUGUGUGUGCGCGCGUGU